UGCCCGUCCGGGAAUAAACGAGAGCUUCAAGCGUCUCGUUUUCUCUUCAAAAUGGUUUCUCAGUUGUAUGACGUGGACGCCGAACAGCUGAUUGAGUUGGUGAAAAAUAGGCCAGUGCUGUGGAAUAGGAAACACGAAAAAUACAGGGAUAAAUUCAAAACGCAGAAAGCAUGGCAGGAGAUUUUAACCGAACUGGACGUUAAUUUCGAAGAAUUUGACGACGAUGUGAAAAGCGAAUUUGGAAGGAUCGUUCUGAAGAAAUGGACACAGAUGAGGGACUCCUACAGAAAGUCCCUGAGCAAAAAACAGAGAUCAGGGCCUGCAGGUUCCAAAAUUAAAACCUACAUUUACUCAUCUCGCUUGCGAUUCCUAGACAACAUGUUCGAAGAAAGAGAAAGAGCAAAUAGAGACACUUCGCCGGAAAAUAUCGAGGACCCUGUAUCGGCGAAUGAACAGUCCGAAAAUGACGAGAUCCAUCAGGAGUCGGUUCCUGAUGUAUCAAAUCUUUCGAGACCCGAACCUUCGGGUUCGGGUAAAAAAGAUGGGCUGCCAGAGAACAAGUUCAAAAAACCAGUACCAAAGAAACAAAAAACGAAUGCAGAUGAAUGGGACGUAAAUGCAGCUUCGGCAGUAACACCAAACCGACAUCUUCACUUCUUCAAAGGGUUGCUUCCUUCCCUAGAGGAAUUCGACGAAUUCGAUACGCUAGAUUUUCAAAUGGAGGUCUUAAAACUCGUGAAGGACAUCAGGAUGAGGAAACAUCCUGUCUAUUCUGCAGCAGUGCGUUCUACUCAAUCGUUAAACAGUCGACAUCAGCAACAACUUCUGCAUAACACUAUCACAACUACAACACCUCAGCAGCAAGGGGAUAGUCAGUUUUACCCGAGUUCUGGGCGUUUUUCUUCUCAGCCAAACUCGGUCUACACAUCCCCUUCUGCGUCAAAUGACAGCUCAGAAUUUUCGUUGCUUUGUUAUAAGGAAGAAUGUGAAUGAUUUGCUUUUCUUUUCUCCUUCUUUGGGAAAAUAUGUUGGACACUUCCAUGUAAGGGUACCUUUGUUGAUAAGUAUAUGUACAUACUCCAAAUAAAUAUAGUCUUGUUCU